GCGAUGAUAACGGCUUAACGACGUCGAUUACAAUUCGUAUUUGUUAGAUCAUAGUAAAUAAUAAUAUGCAAUCACUACAAUCAUAUAAGUACGUACAUAAAUAAAUACAUUACACUAUGUACCAGUGCCAGUCUCUUAUUAGUCACUUCAAAUCGUGUUACCGGAGCGUUCGGCAAUGGAGUUAAUGGUCGGUGUUAACUCAAAUCGUUUAAAGUCUUCCGGCGUUCGUAGUUAGCCAAAAAUAUGCUGUCUAGAUGUAACUUUUACGCAAUCGCGAUGACCAACGCGAGAUUGAACGUGUUGGGCCAGCGCCGGUUGUUCGUACCUUGUACGGGUUGUUUGUCCAAGCGUUCAACCGCCACGUCCGGACAGAGGAAACAACAACCGCGUAGCAGCCUCGGUUGUUUGACCACCGCACACCACGAUCUUGGAUCGUAUAUGUUAUACACUUUCGGUAGACGACAAACCAUGUCAACGACGACUAAUCCACCGCCGUCACCCGACGAAAAACCGCAAAAUAUCUUCCAGAGGUUCAAGAACAUGGCCAAAAAAUACUGGUACAUUGUACUGCCUGUUCAUUUAGUCACUUCGACCAUAUGGUUUGGUUCGUUUUACUUCGUUGCCAGUAUAUUCGAUGUGCCCUCCCUGUUGGAACACUUGGGUAUUCCCGAUAGUAUGAUUGACAAAGUAAGGAACGGCAACUCAUGGACCAGUUACUUGGUUAUUGCCUAUGGUCUAUAUAAAAUAUUUACACCUCUCAGAUAUAUGGUAACAUUAGGGGGAACUGGUAUAACCUUACGUUAUUUGAAAAGGUUAGGAUAUGUCAUUGAUGGAAAGUCAUGUACAAAAAAGCCAUAAAAAAUUAAUAAAGUUGCACAUUACUUUAUAGUUUAUUUAUAAGAUUGUUUGAAUAUGUUAAUGAAUAGAUGAUAAAAGUCUGUUGUGAUUUUAUA